UUUCUAAAGUUGUAUUACUUCGCGCGCAGAGAUAGAGUUUGUUAAAACAAGAAUCCCGGUGAUAAAUCGCCGGGUUUUUCUCACGCGCACUGCCGGAAAAAAUAAGCACCAGCUGCCAAGAAUCAAGGGUUGUUUCUUCUCGGAGAAAUAAUCUUUAGACUGAAGUUCGCUAGUUCGACCAACAUCCGGCAAUGUCAUCGUCUCCUCCUGUAGCGGCUCCGGCUCCAACAUCCCCGCCGUCGACGCCAUCGGGAGCGCCGCCACCCUCGAAUUCCACCUCUCCGGUUACUCCAGUAGCUCCUUCCCCCUCAACACCGCCUACUAAUUCUACCCCCGUGACUCCGGUAACUCCUUCCCCCUCUUCACCGCCUCCUAACUCUACCUCUCCGACCACUCCGGUAACUCCUGUGGCCUCUCCACCGCCCCCGGUAGUUUCGUCCCCCCCUCCCCCCACCCCGGCGACGCCAACACCCAGUACACCUUCUCCAGCGACACCCAGUACACCUUCUCCAGCGACACCCAGYACACCUUCUCCAGCGACACCCAGCACACCUUCUCCAGCGACACCCAGCACRCCUUCUCCAGCGACACCCAGCACGCCUUCUCCAGCGACACCCAGCACGCCUUCUCCAGCGACACCUAGCGCCUCUCCGCCGUCUCCAGCCACACCCAGCGCGUCUCCGCCUACUCCAGCGACACCCAGCGCCUCUCCGCCUACUCCAGCAACACCUAGUGCCUCUCCACCUUCUUCAUCCACACCGAGCACCCCGUCAACCCCGACACCGGCGACUCCAUCAACCCCCUCUCCUCCGCCGCCGGUGUCCAGGAGUUCGCCGUCGCCUCCGUCUUCUACAACGCCUUCUCCAGAUACAUCGUCAUCGUCUAGUAGUAGUAGUAGUGUCUCGACCGGGGUCGUCGUUGGAAUUGCGAUUGGUGGGGUCGCUUUGCUUGUCGUGUUGAGCUUACUCUUCAUCGUAUGCAAGAAAAAACGGAGGAGAGAUCAUAGCCCGGCCCCGGUGGACUACUACGUACCACCCCCGACGGGGCCCAAAGAUGACCUUUAUGGUGGACAGCCUCAACAAUGGCAACAUAAUGCUCCUCCUCCCCCACCAGGGGACCGUGUUGUCACAGUGCUACCAAAGCCUACGCCUCCACCAGCUGUUGCAUCACGUCCACCACAGUCGCCAUCUCCACCUCCAUUUACAAGCAGUAGUGGAGGGUCUGGAUCCAACUAUUCAGGGUCUGAGAACCCUCUACCACCACCACCACCCCCUGGCAUUGCCUUGGGCAUCUCAAAGAGCACAUUCACAUAUGAACAAUUAGCAAUGGCUACAGAUGGCUUCUCAAAUGCAAACUUACUAGGGCAAGGUGGAUUUGGAUAUGUCCAUAGAGGAGUCCUUCCAAAUGGGAAAGAAGUUGCAGUUAAACAGCUUAAAGCUGGAAGUGGGCAGGGGGAGCGUGAAUUUCAAGCAGAAGUUGAGAUUAUUAGCCGAGUACAUCACAAGCAUCUUGUUUCAUUGGUUGGAUAUUGCAUGACUGGAUCACAAAGAAUGCUAGUCUAUGAAUUUGUUCCAAACUACACCUUAGAAUUCCACUUGCAUGGAAAGGGGCGACCAACUAUGGACUGGCCCACUAGAUUAAAAAUUGCUCUAGGCUCUGCAAAAGGACUUGCAUAUCUGCAUGAGGACUGUCAUCCUAAGAUUAUCCAUCGUGAUAUCAAGGCAGCCAAUAUUCUUCUCGAUUUUAAAUUUGAGGCAAAGGUUGCAGAUUUUGGGCUUGCAAAAUUUUCCUCUGAUGCCAACACUCAUGUCUCCACCCGAGUAAUGGGAACUUUUGGGUAUCUAGCCCCAGAAUAUGCUUCGAGUGGUAAACUCACAGAUAAAUCAGAUGUUUUCUCUUUUGGAGUCAUGCUGCUGGAGUUGAUUACCGGACGUCGUCCCGUUGAUACAACUCAAACCAUCAUGGAGGAUUCCUUGGUAGAUUGGGCAAGGCCUUUGCUCACGCAGGCUUUGGAAGAUGGCAACUAUGACCCUCUUGUUGAUCCACGCUUGCAGAAAAGUUAUGACUACGAUGAGAUGGCACGGAUGAUUGCUUGUGCUGCUGCUUGUGUACGUCAUUCCGCAAAGCGCCGACCACGCAUGAGCCAGAUGGUCCGAGCCUUGGAAGGAGAUGGUUCUCUGGCUGAUCUGAAUGAAGGCAUCAGACCUGGACAUAGCACAGUCUACAGUUCCCAUGGGAGCACAGAUUAUGACACAAUGCAGUACAAGGAGGAUAUGAAGAAAUUCAGGAAGAUAGUGUUGAGUAGCCAGGAAUAUGGCAGCAGUGAGUAUAGUGAACCAACUAGCGAGUAUGGCUUGUAUCCAUCUGGAUCAAGUGGUGAGCAAACAACCCGAGAGAUGGAGAUGGGGAGGAUGAAGAAAGACGGUUGAGGUUUCAAUGGAAGCUCUUGAAAUCCAUGCUCAACUUGCCUGUAAAAAGAUCCUUCUUUCCCAGUUCCCACCUUAACAGCAUUUACUUGUGAGGAUGGCAAACAACCUUGUUCCAGAUGAGAUAACGUACAUAAUUAUUUUCUUUUCUCUUUUGGAAAUUAUCUUUUGGUUGUGAUUGUAUUAAUUCUUUUAGUGCUUAUACUACAAAAUAAUGGAGAGCAAACUGAGUCAAUUCUUUUGGCUGUUUUGAACGUCAUCAUAUGUACAUUCAUUUUGUCAACCGAAUUAUAAGAAACCGAGAACUGAAGUAACUGAAGGUUGGGUUGAAGUUA